UAUGUCAUUCGUCACCAAAUCUUCUAGCGAUAAAAUUUCUUUCCCUGUGCCGGAAUGUUAAGACGCUUGUGAUUGACUCUAACAGUGACAUUCCAGAUGAUAAAUUACCAGUUCUAGAGAGUUUAGAGGAAUUAUUCGUAGAGAUGAAACGCAUUAACAUUAUUCAUCUAGCUCCGAAUCUUCGUAGGCUUUAUGUCAAACACAUUUGCCGGGACCUACCAAUGGUAAUUCCAAAAUUAACCAAAUUGGAGCAUCUGCAAGCGGAUUUUCUAGUCGGGUACAUUGAUCUAUUUCAAAAAUGUACAGAAGUAACCAAACUUACAUCUGUCGAUCUGUGCUUGGGCCAUAUUGACGAAAAGAACCUGAAACAACUAUGUAAGUUCUGUCCAUUAUUAACCAAAUUACGGAUUAACGUCGAUUCGUCUACAUCAUUACGAUGUUUAGCUAGUCUAAUACAUCUUAAGGUUCUUUCUGUGUACGCUCUUGAUACAACACUAUUUGCAAACAAUGAUGUUUGUUUGCCGAACGUUGAAAUAUUCCAAUUCAAUAUACGACGGAACUUGCAUUUCGACCGAUCUGUGCAACGCAUGUUUCCCAACGUUCACUAUAUAAAAUUUGGCUAUGGUUGGAAAAGCACAAUAAUAACCGGAAAAAUCAGCGCUAGUUUCCCACAUCUUAGAACCUUAGAGAUUACGCAUAUUCGUGGAACUACGGAUUUAGUUGAUCGACUGGUAGGGCUGUCCAAGCUGCGUGAACUUAUUGCACAUGAAGCAGUACUAUCGGACAUUCACCUACCGCCUAUGAACCUGCCACAGUUGACGUUGAAACAUAGUGAAUUUGAAGUAACGGAUGAGAUGGCACAAAAUUUUCCAAAUUUGCGGUUUUUGAAUUUAUACGGCAAAUCACGCUGCAUCAACGCCGAGAAGCUGCCGCCGACUUGCACGGUUAGGCGAUUCCAUCGGGGUUGUGUUGACGAUGUAUUCGACAUUAAAUUAUAAGUGUGUAAAUAAACUGGUCACU